AUGGCAGCCAUCAAAGUCCACGGAACCACUUUAUCAACAGCUACACAGCGGGUUCUAGCUACCCUUUAUGAGAAAGAGCUUGCAUUUGAGCUUGUUCUCGUAGACAUGAAAGCUGGUGAACAUAAAAAAGAACCCUGCCAGUGCCUCGAUUCACUCGGCCGACUUCCAGCUCUCGAAGAUGGAGAUUUGAAGCUCUGUGAAUCAAGGGCAAUUAAUAAGUACAUUGCCCACAAGUAUGCUGACAAGGGGACCCCGCUGGCAUCCGGAGACAUUAAGCAGAAAGCAGUCAUAGAGAUGUGGUUGGUGGUGGAGGCUCGCCAAUUCGACCCGGCAGCUUCAAAGCUUACCUGGGAGUUGGCAUUAAAGCCAAUGUUUGGAAAGGUUACCGACAUGGCAAUUGUGGAGGAGAACAAAACUCAGCUGGCUGAGGUUCUUGAUAUGUAUGAGUGUCGGCUGUCUCAGUCGAAAUACUUGGCAUGUGAGAGCUUCACCUUGGCAGAUCUACACCACCUGCCCACCAUACAAUACUUGUUGGACACAGAAGUCAAAAAGCUCUUCGAUUCACGCCCACAUGUCAGCGCCUGGGUAGCUGAUAUCACAACAAGGCCAGCUUGGUGCAAGGUGCAAGGUGCAAUAAGAAGCAUAAGGAGUGCACGCCGCUGCUGGCUUCUCUAUUAUUGUGAGUCUAAUUGUUGUGAAGCAGCGCAACACAACUAAAAGAACAAUUUAUAAAUUUCUUCAUUUCUUUCAUAGUGGAGUAUGGUGUAGAUACGUACGUAAACAAAUUAAGACUACUAAAGAAAUGCAAAAUUAAAAUAAUAUAAACGUGUAAAUCCAAUUCUCAUGCAAAUAGAAGACAUCUACGAUCUGCAGUACUGUUGUUGAGUCAAAA